UGCUGUCGAUCGAAACCAUAACCCACUCAACUGGCACAGUGUAAAUAAUGUAAAAAGGUAGUUCCAAUAUCUUGUCCCUCCUGCAAAUCGAUUAAAUCUGCAUAGUGUACAACUUUCUAAAAUGUGCGCGCAUGUGUCAUGUCCGCUACAAAAUAACAUUAUUUUUAUUUUAAUUCGCACAUGACUGGUGACUUUGUUCCUAACGCAGAAGUUUUAUUUUAAGUUUUCCAACAACAUCUUUGCAGCAACAUGUCCGAGUGCGAGAAGGAGGAAGCCCUGAAUCUGCAGAAGGAGUUCGAAUGGGUGCUCCACCAAGAGGUGCACACGGCCAUGGACCAGAUCCAUCAGAUACUAAUCGAAUGUGCAAGGCGAUUUCCUGUUACGCUAUACGGAACGGAUAAUACCAUCAGGCAGGACAAGUUUAUCCUGUCCGUGGCUGCUGAUCAAUUGAAAUGCGUGGUGACUCUAACUGGAGAUAGCAUAACUUACGCAGAUAUUUCUUUUAAAGUGCAAAGACAGCAAAACUCUGUGGUGCGGACUACUAUCCAGACGGAUAGCCCGUGGAAGCUGCAGCAGGUGCAGGAUGCGGCUAACCAUCUUCAGCAAGCUAUUUACCAUCUUGACGAUGUAGCUAAAAACUACAAAUUCAAAUCUUCAGAUGAAGUUCUUCAUAUAUUGGGUAACAUACUUGGAAGUCUGCAGCGAGGAAGGACGAGUCUGAUUGUGCCAAGAAAGAAGGCCAUCGACGAUCUGAUCAAGAGUCGCAAUAUGAAAUCGUUGUCGCCGAAUUUGGCUGAGGAUUUGGCCAUCAGCUUUUACAUCCAGAGCCACAAAUUGAUUUUCGCUGUAUACCAGUUGAGUAACAAUCAUGGAAAGAUGGACUUCGACUCGAAUCACGCCGAGUGCUCGGUGCCGUGGCUGAACGAGGUCCUCGUGUUGUUUACAGUUGGUUUGCAGCUUUGCCAACAACUUAAGGACAAGAUCUGCGUGUUUUCACAAUACAAGGAUUUCACGGUCGGAUCACGACCACCCAGUCCACCAACCGUUCCAAAUUGAGAGUGGGAUAGAAUUGGAAGCCAAUAUAUGAUCGAAGGCAACUCGAUUGGUUUAUAUGAAUGUAUACACAUAAAUAGAUAUUAAUUUUCGUUGAUUAGUGUGUUUCGGACAAGCUAAAAAAAAUUUAUUGAAAUGGUCAAUUCCUUAAAUCUGUGUAAUUUGUACAUAAAUUUGUUGAUUCCAUUAAUAGCGAUGAUGACGUGUAAUUGUAUUUGGCGCACUCUUUUGAUGAAGAAGAAGAAAAAGGAAACUACUUAAGGGGUUGCUAAGAUUAAGUAUUAUACAUAUAUAUAUAUAAAUAAAUACUGUAAGAUAAGUUAUUUAAAGCAAGGGAGAAUGAUGAAAAGCGUUGUUAUUUAAUGUAAUGACAAUAAGCACCAGCAUUUUAUGAACGGAAUUGUACGACGUGGAUCCUAUCAUGGACCAUUUUAGAAGAAGAGGAUGAUGUAAUAUUAUUGUUGUAUAAAUUAUUAUGUAUGUAAUUGUUAUCAAAUAAAACGAAGAAAAGCAA